CGAUGGCGGCGGGGCUGUGCUGGCGGGCCGGGCUGCGCGCGGGGAGGCGGAGACUGGUGGAUUCUUUUCUGCCAGCUGGUGUUCCUAAGCUCAGUUAUCGCUUUACAUCAUCACACAAGUAUGUUCCCAGACGGGCUGUGCUCUAUGUACCUGCGGAUGAUGAAAAGAAGAUAAGAAAAAUCCCAUCACUAAAUGUAGAUUGUGCAGUGUUGGACUGUGAAGAUGGUGUGGCUCUGAACAGAAAGAGAGAAGCAAGACUGAACAUCGUGAAAACCCUUGAAGAGUUUGACUUAGGCCAUGGUGAAAAGUGUGUCAGGAUAAACUCCGUGUCCAGCGGCCUUGCAGAAGAAGAUCUAGAGGUGCUUUUGCAGUCCAAGACCCUGCCUUCAAGCAUGAUGCUGCCAAAGGUUGAAAAUGUUGAGGAAAUAAGAUGGUUUUCAGACAAAUUCUUACAUCACCUAAAAGGCCGAACACUUGUAGAACCAAUGAAUUUUAUCCCCUUUGUGGAAACUGCAAUGGGCUUGCUCAAUUUUAAGGCUGUCUGUGAAGAAGCACUCAGAACAGGAUCCCAGGCUGGCUUUCAUUUGGAUGCAGUUGUCUUUGGAGGAGAGGAUUUCCGUGCCAGCAUAGGUGCAACAAGCAGUAAGGAAACUCACGAUAUUCUAUACGCCAGGCAAAAAAUCAUAGUCACAGCAAAGGCAUUUGGCCUUCAAGCAAUAGACCUUGUUUACAUUGAUUUCCAUGAUGAAGAUGGGCUCCGCAGGCAAUCGAGGGAAGGCGCCUCCAUGGGAUUCACGGGUAAGCAGGUGAUUCACCCCAACCAAAUUGCUGUUGUCCAGGAACAGUUCUCUCCAAGCCCUGAAAAAAUAAAGUGGGCACAAGAACUGAUUUCUGCUUUUGAAGAACAUCAGCGAUUAGGCAAGGGAGCGUUUACUUUCCGCGGGAGCAUGAUCGACAUGCCAUUACUGAAGCAGGCACAGAACAUUGUUACACUUGCCACAGCCAUCAAGAAAAAAUGAGCUGAACUCCUGGCAGAAAGGAGAAAGCCUCGAAUAAUUACGCACCAGUUGAAAUAACUGCGAUGAAAAUCUUUACCCUUUGUGAGCUUUGCUUUCCCCCCACACUGCCCUUCUGUAAGUGUGCAACAGCCAUUAAAAAUAAUGCUCCAACAAUGCAGGACUCUUGACUUUCUUCUCCCUUUUUUUAAGCAGUCUCUAUUCAGAGAGUUUCCUCCUGGAAGCGUCCAGCCCGGGAAGGGUUGGACGGCAAUAAACUUGUAGUUUUUGGAGACACAAUGCAGCAGAACUUGUGCAUAUGGUCUCGAGUCAGAUUUACAUCACAUUAGGGAUACGGCUACAGAUCAUGUGGGCUGUGUGGUUAACGGGCUUAGUAAAGCUGUUUUGAAGAGGUUAACCCAGCUUGUAGUAAGGGUAAAUAAACAUAACAACCAGG